AGCCCUCUUCUUCUCCACCUUCUCUCUCUCUCUCUCUCUAUACAUAUUCUUCUGCAAAUAUACCUUCCUAAGGCGAUCGAUAUCACGAUACUUAUUCACAAAUUAUCCGAUCCUUCAUAUCUUAUAUCUUAAUUCUUGUUUUUUUUUUGCGGAUGAAAUAGUGAUAUAUAUAAUUGAGCAUAUAUAUAUGAAACGAGUUCUGGAGAUGGAGAGAUCGAGCUUCAGCGAAAGCAGCCAAGAAACCGGACCGGAAUCGCCUGUUUCUUUCAACUUUAACGACAUGAAAGUCGUCUCGUCUCCUUCACCUAAACGAAGUAAAAGAUCCGUGCAAAAGAGAGUAGUGACCGUACCGAUCAAGGACGUGGAAAGAUCUAGGUUAAAAGGCGACACAACUCCGCCGUCAGAUUCAUGGGCUUGGAGAAAGUACGGCCAAAAACCCAUAAAGGGUUCUCCGUACCCCAGGGGGUAUUACCGGUGUAGUAGUUCCAAGGGAUGUCCGGGGAAGAAACAAGUGGAGAGAAGCCGAGACGAUCCGACCAUGAUCCUCGUCACUUACACGUCUGAACACAACCACUCUUGCCCCACUUCUAAAAUCCGCCCUAAUAAACACUACCCUAAACCCGAAUCCGAAUCCGGAACCGGACCCGGAUCAGAGAAUGGUCAUCACAGUGAGCUCCUGGAUCUUGGGGAGAUGGAAACGACGCCGUCGUGCGUGGACGAGUUCGCAUGGUUCAGUGAGAUGGAAACGACGUCGUCCACUAUUCUAGAGAGCCCCAUGUUCUCUUGUUCGACGGAGAAGAACAACGUGGACAUGCCGGUGUCGGAAAAUGCUGACGUGGCGAUGUUUUUCCCCAUGCGGGAAGAGGACGAGUCUCUCUUCGCCGAUCUCGGCGAGUUGCCGGAAUGUUCAGCGGUUUUCCGGCGCCGGAGUUUGGAGAUAUGCUGACACGUGGCGGUUUUCCUUGGAAGAGGCUU